AUGACGACGACCUUCAACACAUUGACGCCGAGCCAAGAGGCGGAUCGACAGCUUGGUUCUGCAGCUACAAUAGCGUCCAACGCCAGCCCAACAGCAGCGGCAUUGCAAGCGCUCGAGCAGUAUAAGAAGCGCGACUCGUCCAAAGUCGUUGUUCGGUUCAAAGCGAUCGGCAAUGCUCCCAUCAUGAAGAAUAACCACUUCCGCAUCACAGCAUUCAACCGCUUCCAGGCCGUCACCGUCUUCUUGCGCAAGGAGCUCAAUUUCAAGCCCACCGACUCACUCUUCUUGUAUAUCAACGCCUCCUUCAGUCCGGCGCCAGACGACACUGUGGGCAAUCUAUACAGGUGUUUUGGCACGGAAGGUCAUCUCAUAGUCAACUACAGCACGACCGCUGCUUGGGGCUAG